CACGAGUAUUGACAGCCUGAGGCGUCUGCUGCCAUGGUGGCCGGCAGCCGGGUAAGGAUCUCAGUUGCUGUCCUGCCAGGCCAGAGCGCCUUCGAGGGCUCAGGGGAGGCCAGGAGUUUACAGCCAGGGUGAAGGGUUUGUUGUCUGCAGUAUGAUGAGGCUGAGGUACAGCAUGUCUAGACUGGGGGCCCUCGGCGGUGCCCGCGCCAGUCUGGGAUUACUGCUGGGCACCGCCGCUGGCCUUGGAUUCCUGGGCAUCUUUUACAGCCAGCGAUGGAAACGGACCCAACGCCAUGGGCAGACCCAGAGCCUACCCAACUCGCUGGACUACACACAGACUUCAGAGCCCGAACGCCAGGUGAUACUGUUGCGGGCCAUCCCAGGUGAGGCUGGAGGUGCUGCAGUGGUGUACAGCCUUUCACAGGAAGGUCAGGAGAAGGUGCUGGACCGCCUGGAUUUUGUGCUGACCAGUCUGGCGGCAUUGAGGCGGGAAGUUCAGGAGCUAAGGAGUAGCCUGCAAGGGCUUGCUGGGGAGAUUGCUGGGGAGGUCCGAUCCCACAUGGAAGAGAACCAAAGAGUUCGGCGGCGAAGGUUUCCAUGUGCCCGGGAGAGGAGUGACUCCACUGGCUCCAGCUCCAUCUACUUCACAGCCUCCUCAGGCGCCACAUUCACAGAUGUAGAGAGUGAAGGCGGUUAUACAACAGCCAAUGCUGAGUCUGACUAUGAGCGGGACUCUGACAAGGAGAGUGAGGAUGGGGAAGAUGAAGUGAGCUGUGAGACUGUGAAGAUGGGGAGAAAGGAUUCUCUGGAGCUGGAGGUGGAGGCAACAUCGGGUCUGGAGCACAGUGCUGUGGAGGCUGGAGAUUCCUCAGGCCUGGAGGAUGUGCUGCCCCUUCUGCAGCAGGCGGACGAGCUGCACCAGGGCAAUGAGCAGAGCAAACGGGAGGGCUUCCAGCUGCUGCUCAAUAAUAAGCUGGUGUAUGGAAGCCGGCAAGACUUUCUCUGGCGUCUGGCCCGGGCCUACAGUGACAUGUGUGAGCUCACUGAGGAGGUGAGCGAGAAGAAGUCAUAUGCCUUAAAUGGAAAAGAAGAAGCAGAGGCUGCUCUGGAGAAAGGGGAGGAGAGUGCUGAAUGUCACCAGUGGUAUGCAGUGCUUUGUGGUCAGCUGGCUGAGCAUGAGGGCAUCCAGAGGCGCAUCCAGAGUGGCUUUAGCUUCAAGGAGCAUGUGGACAAAGCCAUUGCUCUCCAGCCAGAAAAUCCCAUGACUCACUUUCUUCUUGGCAGGUGGUCCUACCAGGUCUCUCACCUGAGCUGGCUAGAAAAAAAAACUGCCACAGCCUUGCUUGAAAACCCUCUCAAUGCCACUGUGCAGGAUGCCCUCCAGAGCUUCCUAAAGGCUGAAGAACUACAGCCAGGAUUUUCCAAAGCAGGAAGGAUAUAUAUUUCCAAGUGCUACAGAGAACUAGGGAAUACCUCUGAAGCUAGAUGGUGGAUGAAGUUGGCCCUGGAACUGCCGGAUGUCACUAAGGAGGAUUCAGCUUUCCAGAAGGACCUGGAAGAAUUACAAGUUAUGUUGGCAGAAUAAUCACAUUUCAAUGGCCUUCAUGACUUGAGUGAUACCACUGUUUAAGGGGAAAAAUCAAGCCUUUCUUCCUUAUACUUUACUGAGAUCAUCUGGGUUAGAGAGUGUCCUGACUCCUGGGGCAGACUGCUACCCUCUACCAUUCCCCAAUUUAUCUUCUGUUGAUCAGUUAAUUUAUUCUAAUCUCUUACCUAAUCUAAAGUUGGGGAAGUAUUUAUGGCCUGGGUCUGUUGUUCUCCCCUUAAGCAAAUUCUUAAAAAAUCAAGACUAAACUAGCACCUGCCCCCAGAAUAAGAAUGGUAGAGCCCUACAGCUGCUAGAGCUGAGAGAAUGAAGGAGCAACACCGUGCUGGUGAGGUGUAUGGACUUCAAAAACCUACAGGAACAAAGGUCAGAAUCUGCUGUUCUCUAGUAUUUUUCACUAAUAUUCAACACAUAUAUACACAGUCCUAAGAUCACUACCUACUGGGAUAAAAGAAGUCAGAGCAGCAGAUGGAUAUUGCCGCCUUAUCUCCUAUCAUGUGGAUUCUACCUAUAUUCUUGGGCUGGACCACUUGAGUUGUCCUGGAAGCUCCUGAAAGGAUAGUGGCAUAGGGUUUAUGAAACUAUAAAAUGAUGAUCUGAAGAGCUGGCUGGGAUAUAUUUUGGUACGAACUUGAAAUAAACCAAAUUUGAUUGCAAGUGA